GCGACAGGUCGGACGUGGUUUAGUUGUCAGACUGCAGUCGGUCCCCAUCAGCGACGGAGGGAGCCCGCCGUGUCCAUCUCCAGAUAGCAUAUCGAAGACAGACAGAAGGAAAGAAGAAGAAGAAGAAGAAGAAGAAGAAGAUGAAGAAGAAGGGAGAAAAAAAAGUUGGACACUGAGGGAAGACGCGACCGGAUUCAAACGCGGUCUCGGUGGUCGGGGAGGUCUUCGCAGUUGCGUUUGUGAGGAACAUCGUGUUUAGACCUCAGAGACAACCUUCACCAUCCCUUUCAACCCAAAGCUAACCACCGGGAAGAGGCGAAGUUCCAAGGAGACAGAAAACAGAGGAGGAGGGUACGACAGGCAUGGGAAGACACCGACAGGGCGUAGCUGAGGAGAGCAGGCGCAGACAGGAGUGAGGUCCUGGGGAUGAGAGGUCUCUGCCCCCUCCCUGUCUCCCCCAGACCUCCAGAAGGAGAACGCUGGGCACUAUUCCAAGAGUGUGUGGUGUAUGUGACAUCAGGGCACCAUGGCUCUGGUUCAGGCCUUGCCUGUGUCCGUGACUGACCACCCAAACACCAGUCUCGAAGUCCAGCAGUGCCGGCCCCUCUCGACCCACUCCCCCCCACGACCCUGCUCCGGCCCUUGUGGGCCCUGUGGCUCUGGGAGCACUAUGGGCUCCGUCAGCAGUCUCAUAUCAGGCCGGACUUACCAAGAGAGACACUGCCGGGCCGCCAGUGAGUUUACCACCAAACCUCGACGUUCGACGCCAGCCACCAGCUGCUUCAGGCUGCAGGAUAACACGCUCCGCAGUGGCAGCUCCCUGGAACAGCUGCUGGUGUUAAGCAACCAAACCCUGCCCCAGCAACAAGUACAACAGCAACAGUUACAGUUACAGCAACAACAACAGCAACAGCUACAACAACAACAACAGCAAAAGCCCCAGGGACAGGCUCUGCCACCGCCGCUGCCCACCAAGAAGCAUCCCCGGCCAGGUAACUCCGCUGGGGCAGGUGGGGGUGGGACUGUUGGUGUUGCAGGAAUUGGCGGGACAAAUGGGAACUAUGGCUAUGUCAGUGAUGAGGUGGUGGUGGGAGACUGGAAUGACAACUUGGUGCUGGUGCCGGGGAGCCCCUGCAGUGACUCCGAGGAUACGAGGGACAACAGGGCCCUGAAUGGAAAUAUCGGAGGACCACCUCCCAAACUCAUCCCAGUAUCUGGACAACUAGAGAAGAAUAUGGAGAAAGUGCUGAUUCGCCCCACAGCAUUUAAACCUGUGGUUCCCAAAAACCGCCACUCUGUGCAGUACCUAUCUCCACGGCCAGGGGGCAGCAGCCUGUCAGAGAGCCAGGGCAGCCUAAACCUCCUGCUGCCCCUUGGAGGAUCCAAUAGCACCAACGGGACAAAUGGCAAUGGAGGAAACUCUGGUUCUGUCUCUGAAGGGAAGCGUAACUCUUACAGCGGGGGUCGCAACGCUCGUAGUAGCCAGUCUUGCUCCAUGUCGGACUCGGGGAGAAACUCCCUGUCUAGUCUCCCUACCCACAGCAGCACAGGUUACAGCCUGGCCCCCAGCGAGGGCUCCAGCUCUGGGUCUGGCUCCGGGGGCCUUGGGGUUCAACUGGAGCCUGGACCAGGCCUUGGCCGGGCAACUUCUGGUGGAAGUGGGAGUCAUGGUCACACUAACUCGGACAGUGGACGUUCGUCAUCCAGCAAGAGCUCUGGCUCUGGGUCGCUGAGCGGGCGUGGACAGCCCCUGUCAGACAGCGGCUCCUGUGGGCACUCCCCACCUCCAGUGGAGGGCUAUGAGGCGGUGGUGAGGGAACUGGAGGAGAAACUGAGGGAGAGAGAUUUGGAGCUGCAGCAGCUCCGGGAAAACUUGGAUGAGAAUGAGGCUGCCAUCUGCCAGGUGUAUGAGGAGAAGCAGCGGCGCUGUGAAAGGGAGAUGGAGGAGCUGAGGCAGAGCUGUUCGACCAAGAUGAAGCAGGCCUCUCAGAAGGCCCAGAGGGCUCAGCAGGUGCUGCAGCUGCAGGUGUUUCAGCUGCAACAAGAGAAGAAGAAGCUUCAGGAGGACUUCUCGUCUCUGCUGCAGGACAGGGAGAGCCUGGAGAGAAGGUGUGCCAACAUCCAGAGGGAGCAGACCCAGCUGGGGCCACGCCUGGAGGAGACUAAGUGGGAGGUGUGUCAAAAGUCGGGAGAGAUCUCCCUGUUGAAGCAGCAGCUUAAGGAGAUGCAGUCAGAGUUGAGUCAGAAGGCCGGUGACAUUGUGGUUUUGAAAGCCCAGCUCAGAGAGACCCGCUCCGAGCUGCAAACUAGCCAGGCCCGAUCCCAGGAGGCCCAGGCCGCCAUGCGGACUCGCUCCCUGGAGCUGGAGGUCUGUGAGAAUGAACUCCAGAGACGCAAGAGUGAAGCUGAGCUGCUCCGGGAGAAAGUGGGCCGUUUGGAGGAGGAGUCGGCCCGACUCCGUGAUGCCCUGGGCAAUUUAAAUGGACCUCUGUUACCUGGAAUUCAGUGCUCAAAUAUCAAGGGCCAGUGUAUGACCCUCUCUCUCCAACCGGGUCGAGGUUUGCCUGGUAGGGGGGGUCCCAGCCCCUCCAUGUACCGAGAUGGAGAAGAGACCCGUCUGGCCUGGGGAGGGGAGAGUGAUGAGGCCAAGGCACAGAGGCAGAAUGCUGAAACGGUGCUGGCACUCAGGCAGCAGGUGGAGCGGCUUAGGGCUGAGCUGAUUUACGAGAGGAGAAGCAAUGAGGAUCAGCUGUCAGGGUUUGAAGAAGAGAGGCGAGUGUGGCAAGAAGAGAAGGAGAAGGUUAUCCGGUACCAGAAGCAGCUGCAGCAGAACUACAUCCAGAUGUACCGGCGCAACCGGGACUUGGAGCGAGUCAUGAGGGAACUUAGUCUGGAGCUGGAGAACAGAGAUGUAGAAGACUACGAGGUCCAUAGCGGCAGCAACGACAUCCACUUUGAGGAAAUCACUGCCACUGAGAUCUGAAAAAA